AUGGCAGCGAAAUCCGAUGGUCGCGGGGUCGUCACCGGUUUCGCCCAGCUGCACAAUCUGGACGAGGUGGUGGGGACGGGAGAGGACGACACUCGGGACGGCAGCUCAUUCCACAUCUGUCACUGCUGCAACACCUCGUCGUGCUACUGGGGCUGCCGGAGCGCCUGCCUGCAUUACCUCCGGGGGAAGGGGAAGGGGAAGGGGAGAGAUGCAGCGCGACCACCGCAGGAGGAACGCCUCUGGCUGGACUGCCUGUGGAUCAUCCUGGCACUGCUGGUGUUCUUCUGGGACGUGGGGACCGAUUUGUGGCUGGCCGUCGACUAUUAUCACAAACAGGACUUCCUGUGGUCAGGCCUGACCCUGUUCUUCGUGUUGGUGCCCUCGGUUCUGGUUCAGAUCCUGAGCUUCAGGUGGUUUGUCCAGGAUUACACGGGGGGAGGACUGGGCUCCGUGGAGGGGCUGAGUAGUCGCAGAGCUACAGCCAGUUUGCAAAGAGACAGGUGCUGCCGCCUCUCCGUCUGGGUCUGGCAGACCCUCAUACACAUCUUUCAGAUGGGACAAGUGUGGAGAUACAUCCGCACGAUGUACCUCGGCAUUCAAAGCCACCGGCAGAAGGAGAACCAGCGGCGUUUUUACUGGGCUAUGAUGUACGAGUAUGCCGAUGUCAACAUGUUGCGGCUGCUGGAGACUUUCUUAGAAAGCGCCCCUCAGCUGGUGCUGCAGCUCUGCAUCAUGAUCCAGAGCAACAAGACUGAGUGGCUGCAGUGUCUUUCUGCCGUGUCCUCCCUCCUGUCCCUGGCAUGGGUGCUAGCCUCUUACCACAAGCUUCUGCGUGAUUCACGUGACGACAAGAAGAGCAUGAGUUACAGAGGUGCCCUGGUGCAUCUGUUCUGGCGCCUUUUUACCAUCUCUUCACGGGUGCUCUCCUUUGCCCUCUUUGCCUCUGUUUUCCACAUCUACUUUGGCAUUUUUGUGGUGCUCCAUUGGUGUGCCAUGGCUUUCUGGGUCAUCCAUGGCGGCACUGAUUUCUGCAUGUCCAAGUGGGAGGAGGUACUGUUCAACAUGGUGGUGGGUGUGGUCUAUGUCUUCUGCUGGUUCAAUGUACGAGAGGGCCGGACACGGUACAGAAUGGUGGCCUAUUACACAGUAGUACUGUUAGAAAAUGCCAUCCUCAGCUCCCUUUGGUAUGCGUAUCGCGACCCAGCCACCACUGACGCCUAUGCCUCUUUUGCCCUCUGCGGCGUCUUCCUGUGCUUUGCCUCAGGUGUGGCCUGUAUGGUUCUCUACUACGGGGUCCUACACCCCAUGGGCCCCCGACUGAGGGUGCUGGCCAGCUCCUGCUGUGCUGAGCUGUUGUGGGGCCUUCCGUUACCCCCUGAAGCUGAGCCGAUGGCUCCCACACCAGGGCCCCGUGGCUCCCAGGCCACUCCAACACGGGGUCUGGCAGGGGAAUAUGUGGAGUCAGACGAAACAGCCACGGACACCUGCCUUCCGGUUUUCCAGGUGAGGUCCACAGAGCCUGUGGAUGCAGCUGGUAGGCCCAUCCGACCUGAGGGUCCACUCAUCAAGAUAGACAUGCCCAGAAAACGUUACCCAGCCUGGGAUGCACACUUUGUGGAUCGGCGCCUGCGCAGGACCAUAAAUGUGCUGCAGUAUGUUAGCCCUAAUGCGGUGGGCAUCAGGUACAGGGACGGUCCACUUCUUUAUGAACUCCUGCAGUAUGAAUCCUCCCUCUGAAGGCUUCUCCCACAGCUCUCUCAUCCCCUCGUUCACAUUAUGAUAAACAUGCUCUUAUUUUCUUUCACUUCUCCCCUUUCCUUCUCUCCAGAUAUGAUCUCUUUCCAUCCCGCAUUUCGACUCUUUCCUUCUCUCAUCCGUAUUCACUCAAUUUCCUGCAGGAGAUGUGUGUUUUGUCAACCGGAAAUCUGUUAAGACAGUCUAAACACACAGUCAUGAUUUAUUUUUGGAAAUAAACAUACAGUACAGAGAGAAAAUUAUGAACCUAAAAUAUGUUAUGUGAUAUAAACAAAUCCCUCUACACUGAUAGAGGGGGAUUAUGUAUGAGAGUGUAGAUAACAUAUGAAUGUUUCAUUAUGAAAUGUGUUUAAUGCAUUAUACUGUAUUGGUGAUUGAACCUGUGAAUACUUGUGAAGGGCAUACUGUAUGUCCCUGGGACUUGCGCAAAGCCUGCUGGGAAUGAUGGAGGAGAGUCUCAGAGGGGGCAGGUCUUUGCAUAUCCCCACAUUUACCACCAUUCUUUAUGUAACUCAUUGAACUAUAUGAUAAUGUUUACGAAGUCCUCAGCCUAAAAUUCCUUUAAUGAUUCUGUAAAUUCUAACGAUGCACACAAUCAAAAAUUUGUCCAAAAGAAACAGUUCUGAAUAUAUCUCCCUUCUGCAAGCUUAUAUGGCACAAGAGCGUCCCGGCUAUGCUACUUUUGUUACAAAUUUCAAAUCGAAACUACAGCCUGCAUGGAAGAAAAAUGAAGCACACUGACCUUCAAUCAGUUUUACCCACACAAUCCAUUUUUAUAGUACAGACUGCCCUCCAGUGGAGGCAAGCUCUAACAGCAUGCCUUAACUUAUAAUUGUAUUUUUUUUCCCAUAUGGUUGUGACAGCACUUGAGAUAACAAAACACAAUGAAGGGACUGUAGUAGAAAUGAGCACAACGUUUUCUAAAUUUGUGAGGAAGUAGAAAAUCAUAUGAAAAACAUUCCAAACACAAAAAAGAUUAGAGGUGUUUAACAAAGAGGGAAGGAGCAAAGUGCAGAGACAGCCUUCAAGGAAUCCUCCACCAUUCCCUUUUGAAUCCUUUUUCAACCUCCCUAUGUUGUUUUUAUAUUUUAAAAAAUGGUUUAGGUAAUGCACACUUAUCAGCUGCAAAGCCCUGUAAUAAGUUAUUGGAAGAAAAAAAAGAGGUCUGAGAAGAUAUUUCUGUGCUAUUAUACUUCAGUGCAUAUUUGUGUCCACAUUGAUAGUUACUGACAUAGCUUUAUAUUUUGCCAGACCACACUUUUCUAACAUCGCCAUGUUAAAAGGUAUAUACUCCUCAACAUCGGUGUGCCCUAAAAGAGAUGAUGCUCUUAUAUGGGUGUACAGGGCAACUGUGCUGACACCUGCUAUAGCGCAGUUGAAACAAAGCCAAAUCGUAUCUUACAGUACUGUCUUUCCAAUUUAUUCUGCCCCCCCUUUGAACCAGUUGAAUGAGUCUGUGCAAAAUGUGUGCCAUCUAAAGGCCUGCUGUACAGCAAUUAUACACUUAAAUACAUCUCCUGCUGAAUCUGCAGGAGCUCUCCAAAACCGAUACCCAAGGGACGAACACUGAAUUCACUCGAAGAAGUGAACGCAGUGAUCCUUCGAAGUCAAAGGAGCUCGACUAACAUUUCCAGAGAGGGCUACGAUUCAUGAGAAAAAAAGAAUGCUUUUCAUACUUCAAUUGUAUCUAUUUACUCGAUGACUCAUCUGAAUACGUAUAUAAUGUGUGUUUUUUACAUUGUAGUGUUUGGCAUGACUUUAGUAUGAGGCAUUAGUACAAAUGCACCCAACAAGGGAUGCCCAAGAGCUCUAUGCAACACAGAGAUUCCUUUUUCCCCUGGCUCACUGGCUUUCUGCUUUGCUGUGGCCUCACGUGCCUGCUAACAUCGUACUGUAAAAGGCAGACACCAUGUGACUCAGGGCUAAAGGUGAAAGAGGGUUUUUGCCAGGGUUGGAAAAGAACACGAGGGCAGAUCGUGGCAAAGGGCCUGAUUGAAGUUACGUAUGAUUCCUUGAAUGAUCGUGUGAAAAGGUGAAUGUUUGGCCCAGCGUGUACUGAAGUGUUAUCAAGUAUGCUUGAACGGUUGUGGGUGCGUGUGUGUCCCCAGCCCUUUCCCACGAUUCUGUUCUCCUGCCGAUUGUUCGGCUCCAUCCUUGGUUGCUGCUCCGCCCUCUUCCUUGUCUCUGCGGUGCUGGGCUUUGGUGCACUCCUGUGAAAACACUCUCACACUCUCUGGUAACUGAACAGCAUAGUUGAGGCUGAAACAAACUGAGAUCCUGACAUGAGAACAUGCAAUGAGGUACACUGCCAUGACCAAGAGCUUCAACAUCCAGGGUCUGCCACCCUUCAGCGUAAAAGCGCUGUUCAGCCCUGAGUAAUUGAGAGCUGUUGGGUCAGCUAGGCUGGAGCAAACAUCCAACACACCAUAUGUAUAGAUAUACAUGUGUAUGCAAAUAACCAACUCGUUCACUGUUUACCACAGUAGCCAGAGUAUAGUUCCUCUAUGUUGUAGUGAAUGAACAGCCAUGUUAAUAGUUCAUUAAUAAGUAAAUAAUGAAUAAUAAGUAUUGUUAAACUAAAAAAAUCUAAAAAACAAUUAAAAAAACACUUAAAUCAGCCAAUACAGGGGUUCCUCAGGACCAAAAAAACAAGACCACUGAACCAGCUGACUCAGGGGUGUCUCAAUGCAGUUCUCAUCUCCAGGCAUGUCCUCAAGGGUCUCCAUUUUUUUCCUUAACAUACUGCAUCCUAGACGACUCCUCGGCUGGGACUGUACCACUAAAUUAUGGUUUGCACAUUUUUAUUUAUUCAUUUCCUCCGUGGGAAUGAUUAUUCAUUGUGAUUAACGGGCGUAGGGGCAGUUUUUUGUGGUAGUUGGCUGCCUGGCAUAUAGUGCAUCCUUUCUAAACACUGCUGACCUUUUCCAGACGUGGACACAUGUCCAAAUCAGGUGCAAAUACACUGUGACUCAUUCAUUUUUGUGUGCAUGUGUGGUUGUGUGUGGAACGACAGUAUUAUAUAGAGUCAUAAACAAGAUUAUGUACAACUGGGCUGCAUUUCAUUUAGUGGUGCUUGACGUGUGACGCAGAAUAUUUACGUCUGCGUAACCGUGUCAUUAAAAUACGCAUAAUAAUGGCUAGGGAUGCACUGAUCGUUAAUGGCGAUACCAAUGUUUUCCACGUUGUUGUUAUUUAUUAUCACUUUUAUGCCAGAGAGUCAAAGAUAUCUAUACUAAUUUUUUUCACUUAGUCAUCACAGAACAGAUGAAUAUUGACCACUCCAACUGAUAAAGAUAAUUAUUUUAGCAGAUACGCCGAUAUUAGUUGACAAGGCUGCUACUGAUACCAGUGUUCAAUACGUUGGUGCAUCCCUAGUAAUGACAGUUAAAGUAAUUACAAAGAGUCUAUAUGUACAAUUCUGGAUUUUUAUAGAACAUGCAGUAUAUUUUACAUAUUUCUACAGAGCAAUCACCACUUUGUCACAUUCUGUAACUAGUAACAAUGAUUAGCUAGAAGCCAGAUAAUAAGCGGAUUUUAUGUAUUUUUCUUUCAAUUAUACACGGGUCUCAAGAGCUAAGCUACACACAGGUUUAAGCGGGAGGAGGAAGUAUACUAUUUCGUGUAGCAUUCAGGCUGCCACACUUUAUACCAUAAACAAGGUCACAGAGAAAUCCCUCGCACAGGACAGUUUCUGUUAGGUUACCUUCCAAACACCACAUCGUCCGAGAGCCACAAAACACAGCAAGAGGAUUUGAACAGCAAAGCUUGCUCUUCUCAGUCCUUGUUGUGCCUUGUUACUUUGGGUGCUUCGAACCAGCCAUGGCAGCCAGGUCCGCAAACAACAAAUGCCAAUGUCUUUCUUUACUUGUUUCAUGUGCCAGCACACCCACCAAGAUGAUAACACCAAACAAUAUUCUUCCUGUCUGUGACCCCUUCCCCCCCCCUAAACCAGAUCAAGCCAGGUUCCCAAUUCUGUGAGCUAACACCUCCGUUGACAGUGCUAUUUAGUCUUACAGUUUCAUCUAAGAUGUCAUCUUGAGGACUGCGCUGUUUCCUCAUUAUGAUGUUACAUCUGGACUUUAAUGUGUGACAGAAUCAAGUGAUGGGUAUUGUGUGAAACCCAGUAAUUGGUUAUGUCAAAGACACAGGAGAAAAAGUAAGGCAACACUGAACAUCUUCUGUACUUGAACCCAGGGUUCCUCAUCUUUUCGAGUAUGACGCCAACCACAGCUGAUUCGGCGAGUAACAAUAUAACAGUUAAUAGUCAGUUUAAAAUCGUUAGUUCUGAAGUGUUUGAUGGAGAGUCACGGUCGCAGAUAACCAGCCAAGAUACCGAAAGAUUUGGCCAAUGAUUGUUUUUGUACUUUCGUCUAUGCCUUUACAUCUUCUUCUGUCUUGCAGUUAUGAAUGAUUUGUAGUGCCAAGGCGUAAACUUUCUGUGUCGUUUUCUGUGUCUUGUGUGAACAAUACGUCCUCUAGCCAAAACAAAAAUGCCUGCGUUUAGAAUACAACGUGGAAGAAACUGAUGACAAAAAGCGCAAAAAAUCAGUUGUUACGUCUUCUUACUAUGGAAUGAUCACGAAACAGGCCCAAUCACUGCUUCUCUUUUGAAUAACCUCAUUUCCUGGAUUUUCUACCACCUCCCAGCAUGCCUUUAUAACUCAUCGUGAGGUGACCCUCAGCAUUUAGCAUGCAAGUGCUCUCGACUGCACAAGAAACCCUCUGAUUUUUGCAUUAAUGUGUAGCAACAGGCCAUUGUAGUGUUUGACCUGGUUCGAGUCUAUACCUUUGUGUCAUGACCAUCCGUUUGGCCACAGGGGCAGAAUGUUCAGAUGUUAAAAAACGGUGCAUUUUCGUUCUCUUUUUAAAAAAAACUUUUGUUCCUUCUUUACGUUUUUGUUCAUAACCUGGUGCUGAAUAAAUACAUUUAAAAAGGUGCUACCGCUGUGGACUAAGAGUCCACUCUUUGGCUUUAGCCUUCCAGUUGACUGAGAGAUCCUGCAUAUCACAAACGUGCAGUCUCAAAAUGCUCUACAGCCAGCACCUCAAAUCCACACAGUUUACAGCAGAACUCAGCUCUCAGUGGUGCCAUUUUGAUUUCCCAGUCUGCACAAAAAAACAAAAAAAACAAUAGUUACUCUACUGCUCAUAUAAGAUUUAUUCUACUGGGUUCCGCAUACAGUACGUUUUUGUUUUACUAUAAUUCAGUCUGCACUAGGAUUUUUUCUUUUCGGACAGAAUGAAAAUGGCAGAUGACAAAAUGCAUCUUUUUAGCAAAUACACAGGAGCACAAAUGUACUUCUGCUACUGGAAUUUGGGUAAAAUAUAUAUAUAUAGAACGUGAUUGCUGUGUUGUAAAUUCCUGUCAUCUAUAUGUCCUUAAUCUGUGUGUAUCUAUUUCUGUUGUUAUUGUAGAAUUGGCUGUAAUAUUUUGUUUGAAAAUGGAUUUGAUAUUCCAACGAAGCGACUAUGGUUGUCAUAUUAAUUGCUGCUGAUUUUUUGGAAUCGUUAUCAAAGGUGUUGGGAAAUAUUGCUUUGUUUAUAUUCAAUCAAUUUAUAGGUUGUGUUAGCUUGUUGGUGUAUUUCACAAAUCUAUCAGGAUACUCCCUAGGCUAUAUGGUAUAUCCGGGGUAUUCCAAAAGUUGGCACAAUGUUAGUACUCAAAAUUUGCUACGAAAUGUAGCAUGUUUAUGAAAGUGGACCCAUACGACCCAUGUUGUGAUUGAGUACAUAUAAGGAAUGAUUUCUUUGUUGUUGUUAAAUAUAAAAUGUAAGUAAAUUGUUUCAUGGAAUCCCCAUUCUUUAAAAAAAAGAAGAAGAAGCAAAACUGAUGUCCAGUAUUGUACCUACGCCCUAUUUUUGGGAACAAUAUGAAUAUUAUUAAUAACAUAUGGUGCUAAAGUUUUUUUUGUAUGUUUUGGUUUUUAGAUGAAAAGAGAAAUAUUAUGCUGAAAAUGUAAUGUUAAGCCUUACUGUAGAUUCAUAUAUCAGACUGUUCAUCCCAGAAGAGAAAAAUAAAUAUAGUAUUUGAAA